AUGAGGUCAGUUGUGGUGGUGAUGUCAUUGUUCUGGCUGGGACUGGGACUGGGACUGGGACUGGGGGUGGAUUUUGUCUGGGGGCUGGUUGUUGUGUACCUGGGCCAAACACUAUCCACUGAGCUAGCUACUUCAUUCUUGUCUAAGUGGUCAUCCGGACGGACCUAUGCUGUUGAGGUGAUGGCCGUGCCUGUCCCGGAUCGAUUGGUUAUGAAAAUCCAUGUCGUUCUAGUGUUCGAUAGGACUGACACCGAGACUGUUAUGUCAAACCUGGAUGGGAGGUUCCUCCAGCCAGUCAGUCUAAACAACGCGAGUCAACCCAGUCCCUUGAAGCUUGGCGAAUAUGCCCCCGAGACCCGAUUUGACAGCAAGAAGUUCGGUGGCGUGAAUCAAUCAGCCUGA